AUGGACGUGGACCGAGAUAACUCACCGCGGUGGUCACAAACACCUCCAGCAUUGAAAGCCCCUGUGCGCGUACGUCCACCUCGAAUAGCACAACCUCUGAAGGUCAACAAGGACCAGCGGAAGCUUGACGAGUUCUAUAUCAAGUUUCUCGGGAGAGAUGGGGACAAAAUGCUGUCAGAGGAGACCAAGUGGUUGGCAGUCACGAACAAAAGCUUCGAUGCUGGGCGGAGAGGGUUUAAUGAUAGACUCGCCUUUUUCGGCAAGCGCAUACUCGAACUACAAUGCUCACUGGGCCUGAUCAGCGUUGCCGACCCGUCACGGUACCAAAGAGCUGAGGAUCAAGAUCCUCAUGGCCGAGAACCGUUCCGCCAUCCAGCAAUUGAAUCGGUCGAGUGCCUAUUGGGAAGCGCUCACCACUGGUUCACAAGCCACAAGCAGCUCGCAAAUCUCGCCGAGCAAUACGGGCUGCCAGAGGUCGUACGGUGGCAUCCCAGAGACCCUGAACGUCUUCAAGCAUCCGGCUCCGAACUCGUCUACGCACAAGCUUUACUAUCGAUAAUAGGGGCACUAGCCCUAGAGCAAGGAGGGGCCGUCGCGAACCGGAUCGCUAUGGAAAAGGUGCUCACGCCGCUGGGCCUAAAAAGACACUGGAAAACAAGGCCGGAGGUCGCGCAGCCCUCGGGAUCACAGAGAUGA